AAUACAAAAUUAAUCACAUCUCUAGCAAAACGCCGCAUUUUUACGUAAACUUAUUCAAUUUAUAAAUUCAAGGAGUACAUUAUAUCCAAAGUCAGCAAAUAAUUGAUGUAUUGAAGCUUAUUGAACUGUCUAAAAUGCUGUAUACAACAACGAUGCUUUCCCGUGGUUCCCUCAUCGGCUCGCUGGUCAGCAAAAUCAGGCAAGUUGUAGCCAAAAACCAAGACACUGCACAUUCCAACCAAACCAAUCACAAUUUUACACCUACGUCUACCGUGCCUCUAAUAUCCAAUAUAAACAGACCCUUGACUGCUGCGAGCAUAAGCAACACCUCAGUGUGCCAGUCAAAGACCCUGGAGGAGCAAAUCGGUUUGCCACCAAGACCAAAGAAGCCGCUUACCCCAUACUUUCGGUUUAUGCGUGAAAUGCGUCCUAAGCUAAUGGCAGCAGAUCCAAAUAUAUCCACCGUUGACAUAGUGCGUAAGCUCUCUAAGCAGUGGGUUGAUGUGGAUCCCAAGAUGAAGGAACGAUUGCAGUCAGAGUACAAAAAGGAUCAGCAGAUCUACUUGGAACAGCGUACCAAGUACGACUCCAAGCUGACAGAUGAACAACGUGCCGAUAUCAAGCAACUGAAGCAGGAUUUAAGCGAUGCUAAAGAGCGCAGACAGCUGCGUAAGCGUGUUAAAGAGCUGGGUCGUCCCAAAAAACCAGCAUCCGCUUUCCUGCGCUUUGUGGCCAGUGAGCGCACUAAUACACCGCAAUCCCCGCAGCAAACCUAUCGUGAAUGGCACCAAAGAGCGACCGCUAAGUGGACGCGACUGUCGGAUGAGGAAAAGGCUGUCUAUAUGCAAGAAUCACGCAAGGAACUUGAUCAGUACAAAAAAGCGAUUUCUAUAUGGGAGGAAAAAAUGAUCCGUCUAGGUCAUAUUGAUGUGGUGCGCCAUGGCAAUCUCAUUGAGCCGCCAGAGCCUAAGCCACGCAAGACACAAGCGCAGAAAGAGAAAUAGUACGCAGUAUUUGCCAUCAUAUCUUCAUCAAUUUUUUUUACAUGCUUUUGGUUUUAUUCAGCUUGUAAGAAUUAGAAUUGUUAAGUUCUCUACAUGAGAGUAUGAAAUAACUUUGCUGCUUAAUUCAAUUGUCUAUGCUUUUUGAACCAUGUAUGUAAAUAGCUUCAACGUUAUGUAUUAAA